AUGAGCUUUCUUACGACAAUCCGUAUUUACAACGAUCCCUCCGAUAAAAGAACGUUUGAGCGGCAAAUCAUUCAAGAUUUCAAUAUUUACGACAACGCCGUUGAAAUGAAAAAGAGUGUUUUCGAGGCUACAGAAUCUUUCUUCGAGGAAGAUGUCACGGUGGAUGACGUGGAUAUUGGGUAUGUGGGAAAGAGCAAUAACAAGUGGUUGAUUAAAACGGAUCAACACGUUGAUGACGCUUACACAAGCAGGUUUCAUCACAAACACAGCGAGCUGGUCAUCUUUAUUGAAGAAAAAAAGAGAACACGCCAGGGCCAGAAACGGAAAUUAUCGACCACUAGGAAUGGUAGGUGGAUUAUUUUCAUUUACUUCAAUUGCUGUUAUCUCAUGUCUUUGCUUCUUUUAAGCUAAUUUCCCCCUUUAAUUAAUGACAUUUAGAUGAUUCACAACAUCAAGGAGAUGGCGAUCGCGAGCCGUCAAGAGUGGAAGGUGUGCUAAGGCAAUUAAUGAGUAAGCACGGCGAUAAGUAUACAAAUGCAGAGUACUUCCUCUGGGUAGAGACAAUCGUAAGUGUACAGGGAAUAUAUUGUAACAAACAACUGUAUUAUCAUUCAAGCGUACCUCGUUCAAAUUUGCUCUUUAGUAGAUUGACUGUAUAUUGUAUGUAUAUUCGCUAUCUUCCAGGAAAGCGGGGUACAUGAAAGCAUGGAAACACCACCCAACGUACCACCCUUCACGGAGAGAAAGGUGAAGAGGAGGAAACCAGCAUCCACUUCGACGGCAGGGGAAACCUUUGUGCAACUUGCAGAGGCGGUGACAUCUGCAUUAACUGGUACCCGUCGCAGCGAAACACGAAAUCAGGAGAGCUCAACCAACGUAAGUAAAUUAUGUUUUACUGUUUCUCAUGUUGUUCUACUUCCUUACUUCAACUAAUCGUGGUCGCGAUUCCACUGAGGAAUAAUAUCAUAUAGCUUAAACCAUUUUAACGCCUAUUCUCCUUAACAAGUUUUUCUUUUAACGAUAAUAAUAUAUUUAUUUUCCAUACUUUUUUUUUCGUUUUCAGUUACGUUCAGUCCUUCUAGCGCAACUGAAAGAGCUCGGGGAACUACACAGGGAAGGAGUGUUAACCCAGCAAGAGUUCGAUGAGCAAAAGCGGUUGCUACUAAUAGAUCUAAGAAAUAUCAGUCAAUAA